UUUUUUGGAAAUUCAUCAUUCGGACCCGGAAUUACCAUCAAUGUUCACAUAGUGCUCAGAAGUCCUUGUCUGAUUUUUUCUUUUCCUUUCUAGCAGAUUUUAAACGUAGUGUUACGUUCGUAGGGGGGAAUGUUGCAUAGUCGCCUUUAGUUGAAAUUUUCUGCUGAAGGGUCCGCCGCCAUGGCGUCCGAAUCUCAUGUUGAAUAUCCAAGCUCCAAUAAGUUUUGAAGGCCGUUUCACUAAUGGGCUGAGCUACCUAGUACAUUCAUCCGCAGCUGGAUUUUGUCUUUUGUUGGGCUUUUUGGACUUCUCAGUUAUAUCCUAUAACUACCCACUUGAUAGUGUCCACUAUAUGUGGUCACCAUGCUUCGGCAAUCCAUCUCUUCUCCUCUAUGCAAAUUUCCAAGGGAAUUCGAUAUACUGGCACCAGUAUGGACCCUAUUGCUAAAUAAGAUUUGCUUGUUGCAAGGCCGUACAAAUGUACUUAGAGUUAGAUUUUAUUUUUUUGUAUUAUGGUAAUUUUUAUUAGUACGGUAUUGAGCUUAUAGCAGAAUUAUCUUGACGUUCGUUAGUCAUAGUAUGUCUGCGUAUAUGAGUCCAGUUUACUUCCGCUUUAUUUCUUCUAUCGGUCUAUAUCUUGCAAUGAGAGAAUCCACCAUAAAAAUUCCGGAG